CGCCACGGCGUGGCUAUUGUCGACUCAAAUACAAAAAAUAUCCGCAUGUGUUCCGCGUCAUGGCUGAUGACGGCAGCCUUAUCUUAUCAAGGCCGCCAACGACGAUGCUGUUGCCGAGUGGAUGGCCCGGAUUAACUGUGCUGCGGCGUUCAAGACGAUGGAUCUGGCUCGCCGCGGGAAGCCGAUUAUGCCCGAUCCCGCGCGCGCCCGCUUGCUGGAGGAGCAUCUGACUGCGCUGGACGCACAGCUGUCCAAGAUUGACGACGGACUGGAACGCAGUCUGAGGCUGUUCAAGCAGCUCGCUGCCAUGGUGCCAUUGACCAAGGCUGGCCGCACCAAGAUUGUCGUGUUUGCCGACCAGGUGCGCAACAAGCUUGCCGAAAUUUAUCUGUCGGAGCAGCGGCUGACAUGUUACAAGGACGUACUGCACCUGGAUUUGACCAUCGAGUAUGAGCUGAGUGCGGGCCCCGACAACGGCUGGGACAGCGAGGACGAUAGCCAGAGUGACUGGAACCACGAUGAGGCCAACUUGGAGGAUAUUGAGGAAAUUGAUGAGGAGGAUGAGGAGGGCGCGUAUUCUGCUCUUGCGCAGGACCAGCGCAACAUAUCGACUUGGGACAUUGACUCGCCAAACACAUCUUCAUAGGGGUCCUCCCCCUCCCCCCCCC